AUGCUGCUCAACCUCCCAGCAGAGCUCGUACAACUUGUACUCAAACACUGCUGUAUCUCGGCAUACCUCCAGGCUGCUCUGAGCUGUCGCACACUUUACAAAAUCGCUUCGUCUUCCCGAGAUGUUAUUCUCCAUCAUAUGAAGACAAACCCCGGUUCCGGCUUCAGAGCACAGACAGAUCAGAAAUCGGAUGUGGAUGCUGAGCGAUUAACUACGCGAGAACUCUUCUUGCUGCUUCGACGGGGCGCUAGCGAGCAUCUGCUAUAUGGAGAGUCUGAUUUCGAUCGCACAAUAUACUCAUUCGAUGGCAAAGCCAUUGAGAUCUCUGCGUCUGCGAUGUGUAAUAAGAAAGACGGAAAGGCCGUAGCGUUGGUUUUCAAAGGCGAUGAUAGAAUAUAUCAUUGUCCAGCAGGUGCCGACGGGAGGAUACAGAUUGAGACUACUCAAACAUGUUCUCUGCCCCUCUUGAAGCCGCUCCUUAAUGCGGAACGUGUCAGCAUUAUCAAGAGUACAUAUGCUACCGAUGACAAGUACUUGCUGGGCGUCCUCGUCAAGGCCGAAGAGAAUGACGGUGGAGCAGGAGCAGAAGAUUUAGAGCCAGUCCCUUCUUUUUUCAACCAGGAAUUACAGCGGGAGCGAGAGCGUACUCAGAAGACUUAUUUUAUGUUAUCUCUUGAGGCGACCCCUAGACGACCAAUAAGCAACUGGCAGUGGCGAAUGACAAUUUGCGAGAUCCACGCAGAUGAUGGCUUCAAAGUUAAUGCAUUGGCGGCUAUGAACGCUCAGAAUUUUGCUAUAUCAUGGGAGCAGACCAAUGGAAGCUAUCACAACGUCGACAUGUACAGGGGUUACUGGGACCCUCUCCAUCGUUACAAUUUGGGUACGACUCGAGGAUAUUUCUUCAAAUCUUAUAAGUCGACCAGAUUCGUUGACGAGCAGGGCCUGUGGGCAGCAGCUAAUGAUCCCAACAAGAUUGAACUUACGCAUCAUCGAGAAGUUUCGGCCCUCGGAGCAGUGGCCGACCUCAGAUUCAAUGACUCUGGGCAAUUAUUGCACACUCAUCGAGGGUCUGCGAUGUUUGGAUACUAUCAUAACUUUGAACACCAUACUCACACGACUUCACCAUUGCCCACUGGCGCGCAUAGGAAUUACGCUAAUGUUCGAAUGAGAGAGUCGCUAGAACUGUCCUUUGCGGUGGAAAUCCCCUUUUAUGCUAUGCAUGACACACAGUCUCUCCAAGGGACCCCUUUCUGCCAUUGGAGAUACCUUUCCUAUGGCAUAUCUGCUGACCGCGUCAACGGGCGUACAAUAGCCUGUCUGUUUAUAUCGCACAUUGCGCUGAAUGCUCUUCGUUGCACUCACCAGAUGAAUCUGGAGAGGGGACGGCGCCUGUCGCGAUGGUCACCCGUGGCCCGACUCUGCGAUUACCCGGAUUCAUCAGUGAGCACGAUAGGUUGCCAUUUUGCCGUAUCGCCCAACAGCACGCGCAUCGCGGUGAUGCAGUGGGAUACGCUGUAUGUUUGGGCCUUGAAUCCCGAAGAGAUUAUCCGGUUUGAUCGGAGUGACUACUAUCCACAAGCCUGGCGUUCAGGGGAUAGGAUGGACGACGAUGAUAUGAUUGAGCUACGUCCUGUGAUAAUCCGCAUGGAAGCGGUCUGUUUCAAGCUCAUGUUUACAGAGAAUGAUGAUGUUAUUGUGGCUUUGACGGAUCGUGGAUUGAUGACGUGGGAUUUGAGACCGCAGGGUCGCCGGAGACGGAGUUCGCUGAACCUGAAUGUUGAGAAUGUUCCGGUCAUGUGGUAUGGGCCUUCGUCAGCAGAGGACUAUCUAGAGUAUAGUUCAAGGGAAGUCAAGUCUUUGCCAGAAGAUGCAGGAGAAAACUCGGCAGGAGAGUCAGCAGAUGAUUCAGAUGAGGCGGAUGAUAUAUCAGUUGAUUUGGAAGAACUAGGAGAGUCAGCAGAUGAUUCAGAUGAUAUGAUAGUUGAUUCAGAGGAGGACUCGGCCGAGGACUCAGAAUAA